AUGAGGUUCUAGGCCACCGCCCAUCUACAGAGAAGCACCAAGAGCCAUAACAAGUACACCAACACCAAAGACACCAGACCCAUGGCGGAGGCUACCAGCGAUCCCAGAUGUGAGGGUCAGGAAGAGCUACAUGUAGAAGACAGCAAAGGGCUCACAACUCAGUGGAGAGAAGAAGAUGAAGAAGAGGCUGCCCGUGAGCAGCGCCAACGGGAGCGAGAGAGGCAGCUGCAGGACCAGGACAAAGAUGAAGAAGAUGAAGAUGACGGUUCCCUGGAACAGCCAGGACAACAGGCACUCCUCAGCCUCAAGUCCUCUGAACUGGAUGAAGAUGAGGGUUUCGGUGACUGGUCCCAAAAGUCGGAGCCACGGCAGCAAUUCUUGGGGAAUGAGGGGACUGCAGAGGGGACUGAGCCCUCUCAAAGUGAGAGUCCAGGAGAGAAACAAACAGAGGAGAGUUCUCACCAAGCUAAUGACCACUUGGAGGAGUCAAACCUGAGCCACAGGGAGCCCAAUCCAGAGGAUGCUAUCGGAGGUUCUGGGGAGGCAGAAGAGCAUCUGAUAAAUCAUCAGGCCAGGACCCCCAGCCCUUUGACCUUGGAAGACACUGUUGAACUGAGUUCACCUCCCCUGAGCCCCACCACCAAAUUGGCUGAUAGGACAGAGUCCCUGAACCGCUCCAUUAAAAAGAGCAACAGUGUGAAGAAGUCUCAACCAACCUUGCCUAUUUCCACCAUCGAUGAGCGCCUGCAGCAGUACACCCAGGCCACGGAGUCUGCUAGCCGAACUCCCAAGCUGUCCCGCCAGCCCUCCAUAGAGCUGCCCAGCAUGGCCGUAGCCAGUACCAAGACUCGUUGGGAAACAGGAGAGGUGCAGACUCAGUCUGCUUCCAAGGCACCCUCCUGCCAGGAUAUAGUAGCUGGAGACAUGAGCAAGAAAAGUCUAUGGGAACAGAAAGGAGGCUCCAAGAUCUCAUCCACCAUCAAGAGCACUCCAUCUGGAAAGAGGUACAAGUUCGUGGCUACUGGACAUGGGAAGUACGAGAAAGUGCUUGUGGAUGAGGGCUCAGCACCAUAGACCAUGUAUACAUCCUGGAUAGACUCCAGCCAGAUGCCACUCCCAGCCCUGACCAAGAAAUUGCUUCCUGUUGCCCGUCUGGCCUGCUCUCGUGCCUCCAACAAUCCAGCUGCCACUUGCCUCUCCUUUUGCUCCUGGAUCCUCCAGCUUCUAUGCCCUCUCAUUCUCUGACCAAACCUCCAACUCUGCUUCUCACCAUCAGCUAAAGUGACCAUUCCCUAGAGGAGCCAAGGGCUCCCAAGGAAGGAUGAAGGAGAGAAGGCAUUCAUCUCAACCAGAUCCAAGGAGUAAUUGUCCCUAUGCUGAAUGCUCUGGACUCUGAAUCCUGCCCUGUUUGCAGAUCCCUCAUUUUGUAUAAUAAAGUGCAUUGAAUGCCCCCUA